AUGCCGCCGUUCAGCCGGCGGGAGCGGAUUGAGGAUUAUGGCGCGAGGGUGGAGGUGGAAGGAGAUGGGAGUGGCAAGGGAGAGGGGAGGGGGAGGGUGGUAAUUGGAGGGGUGGAGUGGAGGGAGGAACGGGUUCGGGCGAGGGAUGGGGUGGAAGUUGCGUUGGUGGUGGGGGAGGUAGGGGAUAGAACGGGCGAAGAGAAUGGGCAGGAAAGGGGGAGGGUGAGAAGGAGAGGGAGGAAAGGGUUAUUGUUUAUUUUCAAGGUAUUUACAAGCCAUAGAAACGGUGGGUCCAUUCCACCACGGCUUCCUGCCAUCUCGCAGGUUUUGAGGCUAUUGCAUGAAAGGCAGAGAGGUGAGGUCAAACACACGCUUGUCGCGCUCUCCUAUCGUGGUUUCUGGAAAUCCGAGGGGCGGCCGUCGGAAAAGGGCAUCAAACUCGAUGCUGCCGCCGCUAUAGAAUGGGCGGCGGAACAUCAUCCGGGCGCUUCUUUGACACUCUGGGGACAGAGUAUUGGUGCUGGGGUAGCGACAUCUGCGGCAGCGGAGAGCCAACACAGACCAUCAAUUGACAAGUUGAUUCUUGAGACACCGUUCACGUCCGUCCGAGAUAUGCUGGCUACGCUAUACCCGCAAAAAUGGCUGCCUUAUCGAUACUUGUAUCCUUUCCUUUGGAACCACUGGGACAGUUGCCGAGCUUUACAGGAGAUGACUGUCAAGGGCAAGAGCACCCAAGUCUUGAUUGUGUCAGCUGAGAAUGAUGAGCUAGUUCCUCCGUCUCAUGGUCAGACGCUGGAGAGUGUUUGCAAGGCAACUGGACUGACAGCGAGCCGAGUCGUGAUCAAGGGCGCCUUACACCACGAAGUAUUGUUUAAGCCAGAGGGCCGCAAAGCCAUUAUGGCGUAG